AAGAUGGCAGGCCGCCGCAUAGCCCUGAAGGCCAUCGACUGGGUGGCGUUUGCUGAGCGUGUUCCCCCAAACCAGAAGGGCAUGUUCAAUGCCCUGAAGACCCGCACUGACGCCAUCUCCGCUAAACUGGCUUCCCUGCCGGAGUCUCCCGUUGCCAUUGACUGGAGCUUUUACAAGACUGCUGUGGCCAAAGCUGGAAUGGUUGAUGAGUUUGAGAAGAAGUUCAAAGCACUGCAGAUCCCCCAACCAGUUGAUACGCAGACAACUGCCAUCAACGCUCAGGAGGUAGAAGCUGACAAAGACGCCCAAGCUUAUGUGGAAGCGUCAAAAGCUCGUAUUGCCCAGUAUGAAGAAGAGUUGAAUAAGUUUAGGAAUAUGAUUCCUUUCGACCAGAUGACCAUUGAAGAUUACAACAACACCUUCCCUGAGACCAAGCUGGACAAGGUCAAAUAUCCGUAUUGGCCACACAAGCCUAUUUCUGAAUUGUAA